AUGCCCGGGGUGGCCUUCAAGGGAGGGCUGCUACGUUGUGCGAGCGCGGGAAACCACGCGUGCAGCCGCCAUGUUGUGCAUGCACGGGAAAUCGCCGAGAUGCGAAACCCCGCCAGUAAUUCCACGAGUGGCGCCUCACCCAGUGGAUGUGCUGGUGGACUUGACACCUGCCAGUACACCGCCGAUUCCGACGCCGACGCGGGGAAGCGGGCCGGCGUCACGCACACCUUCACGGGGCGUGCGGAUACGGUGACGCGAGCAUCUAUGAAGGCCGGCACGGCACACGAAGUGGUAGGUGACCAGCACCACGCCCGGACUGCCUUUGUCUCCCGAGUGGCGAUGUUUACACACCGCACAAGAAUCAAUCACAUGGAGAAGAGAGGCUUGGCAAAAGCUGGAAGGAAAAGGCACCAAUGCAUCCAGUGUCCAUACAGCACCGAUCAGAUGGGUCACUUGAAGAGACAUCAGAGAAAACACACAGGCGAGAAGUCCUUCAAGUGCAGUGUAUGUGGUAAGGCAUUUGCAGAGUCAGUUUUUCUUGAGAAACAUAAUAGAACACACACGGGCGAGAAGCCCUUCAAGUGCACUGUAUGUGGGAAGUCAUUUGCUCACUUAAAAACUCUUCAAAUUCAUCAGAGAACACACACGGGCGAGAAGCCCUUCAAGUGCAGUGUAUGUGGUAAGGCAUUUGCAGAGUCAGCAUAUCUUAAGAAACAUACUAGAACACACACUGGCGAGAAGCCCUUCAAGUGCACUGUGUGUGGCAAGACAUUUGCUCAGUCAGUAUAUCUUAAGAAACAUAAUAGAACACACACGGGCGAGAAGCCCUUCAAGUGCACCGUGUGUGGCAAGACAUUUGCUCGUUCAGAAAAUCUUCGUAUUCAUCAGAUAACACACACCGGUGAGAAGCCCUUCAAGUGCACUGUGUGUGGGAAGGCAUUUGCUCGUUCAGUAACUCUUCAUAUUCAUCAGAGAACACACACCGGUGAGAAGCCCUUCAAGUGCACUGUGUGUGGGAAGGCAUUUGCUCGUUCAGAAACUCUUCAUAUUCAUCAGAGAACACACACCGGUGAGAAGCCCUUCAAGUGCACUGUGUGUGGGAAGGCAUUUGCACAUUCAGAAACUCUUCAUAGUCAUCAGAGAACGCACACUGGUGAGACGCCCUUCAAGUGCAGUGUAUGUGGUAAGGCAUUUGCAGAGUCAGCAUAUCUUAAGAAACAUAAUAGAACACACACGGGCAAGAAGCCCUUCAAGUGCACUGUGUGUGGGAAGGCAUUUGCUCGUUCAGAAACUCUUCAUAGUCAUCAGAGAACACACACUGGUGAGACGCCCUUCAAGUGCAGUGUAUGUGGUAAGGCAUUUGCAGAGUCAGCAUAUCUUAAGAAACAUAAUAGAACACACACGGGCAAGAAUCCCUUCAAGUGCACUGUGUGUGGGAAGGCAUUUGCUCAACCAUUAACUCUUCAUAUUCAUCAGAGAACACACACCGGUGAGAAGCCCUUCAAGUGCACUGUGUGUGGGAAGUCAUUUGCUCGUUCAGAAAAUCUUCGUAUUCAUCAGAGAACACACACCGGUGAGAAGCCCUUCAAGUGCAGUGUAUGUGGUAAGGCAUUUGCAGAGUCAGUAUAUCUUAAGAAACAUAAUAGAACACACACGGGCGAGAAGCCCUUCAAGUGCACUGUGUGUGGCAAGACAUUUGCUCGUUCAGAAAAUCUUCGUAUUCAUCAGAGAACACACACCGGUGAGAAGCCCUUCAAGUGCAGUGUAUGUGGUAAGGCAUUUGCAGAGUCAGCAUAUCUUAAGAAACAUAAUAGAACACACACGGGCAAGAAGCCCUUCAAGUGCACUGUGUGUGGGAAGGCAUUUGCUCAACCAUUAACUCUUCAUAUUCAUCAGAGAACACACACCAGUGAGAAUCCUUUCAAGUGCACUGUGUAUGGGAAGGAGUUUACAUUAUCAGGAAACCUAAAGAGGCAUGAGAAGAUCCACAAGGAGAAAGUGAAAUCGACUUGUGAAAGUCAACAUGCUGCAAUGAGCCCAUCUCUCAUGAAACGAGAAUCAGAAGAAAAUUCCAACUUGGCAACAGUGAAAUUUGAAGAAGUUAAAUGUGAAGAAGUGACGGUGAAAUGUGAAGAUCAAGAUAAGACUCCAGGACCCAAUCUGCAAGUGGAUGGAGGCAGCGUGAAGCAGGAGGAGCAUUCCGAUUCUGAGGGAGAGCGAGGAAAUCCCCAGCAGUUUGUGGAUGUGGAGGUGUGGGUAGAGUUUUUGGACAAAGCUGAUCUUGGUCUGCGCCUGAUUAGAAACCACUACAACUGGUGUCGGAAUGUGAGAAUCUUACUAGAUGCUAUCCUUGGGUAUAAAUGUGUUUACAAGGCGAUGACAGCUUACCAAGAUGUCACAGAAGACGAAGAAGAUGGGUUGAUUCCACAAACAGCCCCGGGUGAAAUAAUCCUGGAGGAAACGUUCGCUGAAGCCCAGUUGUUGGAACUACGGGAGGAGCCCAACCUCGCUGCGCCGCCGUCGCCCAACAAGCUGCGCCGAUCGCGGGGCGCCCGCCUCGUUGACUUGUUGACUGCCGCUGCCGUGUUGGCAGCCGAAAUGGGGCUGGAACAGCUGCUGGAAAGGGCCGGCGGGCCAGCGCUGCGGGGAGACGACCAAGAUGACGCGUAUCCCACGCUCGCAGCCGCCAUUGUAGAGAUGCGGGGGUGA